AAACCGUUUCCUGAGGAUGGCCUCCACCUCUGCUGCCCAUUCACAUCUUGCCGAAUUCGAGAUUUGGUGGAGGGACCACUAUAACUUCCUCGAAGGAAAAGGUUACAAGCUACGAAGUCGCUACAGUCCGGAUUGGGUGCCGUCUUGGACGAACACGAACAAAAUUGAUAUAAAUUGCGAGGAUGGAAUUUCGUCACCACACUAUCUUCUACUGGAUGCAAGGCGCACUCGAGAUGGCGCUCGCGUAUUACUUAAAUGUAUUGACGUGUCGCGACACCCAUACGAGAUAGAGAUCGGCCGCUAUUUUUGCAGCUCACCUCUCGGUGAAGACCCAGCCAACCAUUGUGUACCAAUUUACGACGUUCUGGAGGUCCCUGAUACCGAAAAUCUUAUGAUCCUGGUUAUGCCGUUACUUCGAAAUGCUACGGAUCCUUAUUUUGACACAGUCGGCGAAGUUGUAGACUGCAUCCACCAGCUUUUCGAGGGACUGCGCUUCAUGCACAGGCACCACGUUGCUCACAGGGACUGUAUGCAGCUGAAUAUACUGAUGGACGGCAGUAUGUUCAUCGAUGCUUGGCAUCCAAGCGAACAAUACAUGUCGGAGGACCUCAAACGUGCAGCCAGGCACCGUACGCGCACGCAGUCUCCGCCACGAUACUACUACAUAGACUUUGGCAUUUCCCGCAAGUACGAAGAGUCCAACACCAACCCAUUAGAAGUCCCUAUCUUCGGUGGAGAUAAAGACGUGCCUGAGUUCAAGGAAGACAAUUUCAAGCCUCGAAACCCUUUUCCAACUGAUGUUUGGUAUCUCGGACAUGCUAUUCAAGAGACAUUUCUCGAUCGCUACUCGGGUGUGGAGUUCCUGAGCGGUCUAGUAUCGGACAUGAUGCACUCCGAUCCAGCACAACGUCCAGACAUGGACGAAGUUUUUUCUCGAUUCCAGAUUCUACGCCAGGGCUUCAGUAAUUGGAAAUUGCGUUCCCGGGUGGCUCAUGAGGAUGAUAGCUCUCUUUUUGAUUUUCUAGCCCACUGGGCCCGUCGCAUUCAAUACAUUGUACGCAGGAUAUCUCCGACGCAUACCUCUCUGUCAUAGAGUGGAUUCAUUUGUAACCACUCUCCUACAAUGCACGAGUUUACUGCCCUUAAUUCCUCGCAUCGAUAGAGUAGGGUGUCGCGCCGACUUCACACCGCACCCUUAACUGUACAGCGCCAGAUGCAAACGUCCCUUACCGACGUUGUCUGGAACUUUAGGAUUAAAGUCAUCUUACCAUCGACGACGUCAGGUGACUCGCAAAAAUCAGGAAAUGCAACAGCCUCCCGAAAAGAAGCAACUACUAAGUCUGACGACGGGACCGCCUCAGCUCCGACAAUCAUAUAAUCAUAAUGUCCCUUCACUCAUUAUUUUGCUGAGGGGUGCUGACAACAUUGAAAUCCAAGAUAUCCGACUCAAGCCCACGUGUGCAAUAAUAUAUGCGCACAUCUCGUGCAUAGUAUAGAUGUGGAUUCGUUAUCUGCUCGGGCUUCCUACUAACCAACGAAGUCCUUGCCCAAUUAUCUUCACAGCUAGUCUU